GAGAAUAAAAAAUAUAAAAAAAAAAAAAAAAAGAAGGAAUAAGAAAGUGCAUCAGAAAGCCAGAUAACUAUGAAAAGUUCAGGGAAGUGACUCAAGAGGAAGAAGAAAACCCAACUCUCUUUCAGGGACGGCUUGUGGAGGCUUUUAGAAAAUUUACUAACAUAGACCCCUCCACUCCGGAGGGUCAAGCUCUGCUGGGACAACAUUUUGUCAGUCUGCCCCAGAUAUUAGGUGACAACUCCAAAAGUUACAAUUAGGCCCACAAACCCCUAUGCACCAACGCUUAGAGGUGACCUUUGGGGUAUUUAAUAAUCGAGAUCAAAUUCAGGAGGAGGAAAGAACUCAAUGUGAGAAAAGGCAGGCCAAGGCUCAAGCUAAACAGGUAACAGUUGCUGUCAGCCAUGCCUGGCAACCUCAGGGCAACCCGAAGGGGACAAGGAGUUUCAACCAUCAGUCUCGAGGUAAAACCAACAAGAGGGAAUGCUUCAAAUAUAAGUCAACUGGCCACUGGGCCUGUAAAUGCCAGGAGCGCCCCCAGGCCAUGCCCAGUCUGCAAAGAGACGGGUGUCUGGAGGUGGGCGUGCCCUCAGCCCUGAAGGGGAAAGGAAGCUCCUGAUGCUGAUGGCCAUGCUGGACAACUGAGGCGGUCUCGGGGAUUCUGGCUGCUCCCCCAUGCCCCCCACAAGCUGUCUAUCUCUGUCGAGGAGCCCCAGGUGGUCCUUGAUGUGCCAGGUAAGAAGAUCGAUCUUUAAAAUUGCUACGGGAGCCACUUAUUCUGUCUUGAUUUCUCAUGCUGGGCCUCUUUCCUCUAAAAGUUGCACAGUAACUGGUGUUGACAGAAAGCCUUGAACGCAUUACUUCCCUGGGCCUCUCGCUUGCCAGUUUGAACAGUGUUUGAUCUUACAUAGUUGAUCUUACCUAGAUCUUUCUAGUUGUUCCUGAGUGUCCUACCCUACUGCUCGGGAGAGACCUUCUGGGCUCCCUUGGGGCUAUAUUAGGUUUAAGGGUGGGCCUAGGGCAGCCCUGUUUCUUGACCCUGGCUAAGGCAGAUCAACGGGAAGAGCAAGGGCCUGCUCGAAGGCUGAUCUUCAGCUCUUGCCUUUUUAAUCUACUUGUUAAGUUUGCUUUUUCCAGGUUACAGCAAUUCAAGAUGAUGGUGAUGCAGGGAUUCCAUCCACUCCCUGAAACCAGUCCUGCCGGAAUAACAGCAGAAGUUGCCCUGGGGCCCCUAACAAGGCAAGGUAAGAGUUCCGUGGCCCCAAUUAGGUAGGGUGGGUCUAUGAACCCAAUGUCAGCCUGAAGAAGCUACAGAAGAUGAACCAUUGCCCUUCAUCCUCCCAAUAAGAUGUUUUUGGGUCCACAUCUCUCAGGAGGGAUUUGAGGUAGGAAAUAGAUAGGGCCCUGGUGAGCAGUUGCAGCUGGUCUCCUGCUGAUGCUUUGAGAUGGGAUACCAGCGGGAGCACUGGGCCCUGAUUGGGCGCAUUCUUGUGGAUUUCCCAGCCCAACACAUGCGCACAGAAGGCCCUCAGUCUAGGGGAAGGACAGAAGGAGGGAGAAGAUGCCAGCUGGAAUCCAUCUUGCCUGAGAGAUGGGCGCCCACACCAGGACCAAAUACGGAGAUGAUUGGUCAGAAAAACAACCCGGAAAAGUGCCCCUAUAAAAGCAACCUAAGCUGCCCCUAUUGUGUGCGACCUCUGUUGCUCUGCCACGUGUCCUUUGCUUCUAAUAAACACUUUUAUCUUUUUCAUAAUCUUUGUCUCUUUGCUGAAUUCUUUCUUCAAAGAAGACAAGAACCAAGGUCCUUCUUCCAGUUGCUCCACCACCAGAAUCAGCUCCAGCAUCCUUUUGGGGAAAUCCUCGUCUACCGAACCCUGAGCCACAGGUGGGCAGGAUGGGGUGUCAUAGUCACCGGUGGGCCUUGCCCCAGCCCAGGACAGGUAGGUGCAGAGCAGCCCCUCCAUGGUCAGCUCUGCCUGGGGUGACCAGGCUGAGGUCUGCCUUGUCAGGGAGGGGAGAGAUGGGGGUCCCACUUUGGGUGACUGAGGAGUUACAGGGACAGGGAGAAAAAUGGAGAGGGACAGACAGCGAGGCAUCCACCAGACAGACACAGAGAGAAAAAGAGACACAGGAAGAGAUAUAAAGAGAGGGAUGGAGGGACUUCCCAGGUGGUCUAGUGGUUAAGACUCCACGCUUCCAAUGCAGGGGGCCCGGAUUCAAUCCCUGGUCAGGGAACUAGAUCCCACAUGCUGCGCAGCAUGGUCAAAAAAUAAAUAAAAAAGAGAGAGAGAGAGAGAGAGAUGGAGACAGCGGGAGAUACAGAGAGAGACACAGAUACAGAUAAACAAAAAAUGGAGAAAGACAAAAGGAGACGAGAGAGAGAUGGACAGAGACAGUGAGGUCAAGAUAGAGAAGAGAGAUAACAACGGCAGGCAGAGAGAGAAACUGUCAGAUGGAGAGACAGAGAGCGAGAGAUACGGCAGUAAAGAUGACUCCCUCCAGGAUAAAGCAGGCUGUAAAAAAGGCAGAUCAAAGGCACUAAAAAAAAAAAAAAAAAAACACGCCUCUCUCCCCAUCCCUGCCCUCCUCAGCCCCACAGAGGGGAGGCCUGCAGGGACAAGCUGGCAGAGAUGCACCGCUCACCGAUGCAGAGAUGCAGAUAUGCAUUGGCCUGGAAGCUGAGCCCAGGCCCCUCCCCUUCUCCCACCAGCUCUGGCAGUUUGGCUGCUGGGUGGACGUCGUGGUGGACGACAGGCUGCCUGUGCGUGAGGGGAAGCUGAUGUUCGUGCGCUCGGAUCAGCGGAACGAGUUCUGGGACCCACUCCUGGAAAAGGCCUACGCCAAGUAAGGACCCCGACGCCACCACGCUGACCUCCUUCUAGGCACUCCCACAGCAGCAGCUGGUCCUCCUUCAGCUCUGCCCACCUUCCCUCCUGCUGCUGGCCAAGCCCAUUAAGCUGCUACCCUGGCCACAACUGAAGGCCCCACGCCCUGAAGCGGAAAACACUGAAGAGGCGUCCUUGCUCCCCGGCACCCCAAACCAUCAAUUAGUAUUAACGAGGGAAGGUUCCUCUCUGCCUAAAGACCCCCAUCUGGGCUCAGAUGGAGGGGAGGCCCCACCCCCAUGACUCAGGAGGUUAAAGGGCCUGGAGCCGGCCUGUGAGCCCACAGUGUCCGGAUGGCGUGUGGCAGCAGGAGAGUCACCAUCCAGCUGGUGAACGAGGAGGCAGGGCCUGGAACCAAGGGCCCAAAGCCCUUUCGGGGCCACAACUACAGAGCAAUCCGAGCAGCCUGCCUGGAUGAGGGGAUCCUGUUCCAAGAUCCAUACUUCCCUGCUGGCCCUGAUGCCCUUGGCUAUGACCAGCUGGGGCCUGACUCGGGGAAGGCCAAAGGGGUGGAAUGGAAGAGGCCCCAUGAGUUUUGCGCUGAGCCCCAGUUCAUCUGUGAGGACAUGAGCCGAACAGACGUGUGUCAGGUGAGUCUGGGUAACUGCUGGUUUCUUGCAGCCGCUGCCUCCAUCAGUCUGUACCCACGACUCCUGUCCCAGGUGGUCCCCCCGGGACAGGGCUUCCAAGAUGGCUACGCAGGCGUCUUCCACUUCCAGCUCUGGCAGUGUGGCUGCUGGGUGGACGUCGUGGUGGACGACAGGCUGCCUGUGCGUGAGGGGAAACUGAUGUUCGUGCGCUCGGAUCAGCGGAACGAGUUCUGGGACCCACUCCUGGAAAAGGCCUACGCCGAGCUCCAUGGCUCCUAUGAGGUGAUGCAAGGCGGCCACAUGAAUGAGGCUUUCGUGGACUUCACAGGCGGGGGUGAGGCGCUCUACCUGAGGCAGGACACUCCAGGCCUCUUCUCUACCCUGCUCCAUGCCCUGACCAAGGAGUCCCUCGUGGGAGCCACUGCCCUGAGUGAUCGGGGCGAGUACCGUACAGAAGAUGGGCUGGUGAAGGGACACACGUAUCCAGUCACAGGCACACACAAGGUGUCACUGGGCUUCACCCACGUGAGUCUGCUGCGGCUGCGGAGCUCACGGGGCCGAGUGGAGUGGCCUGGGGCCUGGAGUGCCAGCUGCCCACGCUGGGACGCGCUCCCCGCUGAGUGGCGAAUGCCUUACUGGUUGUAAGAUGCCUUACUGGUGAAAAAGGAGGGUGGUGAGUUCUGGAUGGAGCUGCGGGACUUCUUCUGCCACUUCGCCACCAUCCAGGUCUGCUCGCUGAGCCCUGAGGUGCUGGUCCCCAGCCCGGCUGGAGGCGGCAGGUGA